UGUUUGGCCAAUUGAGGCUGUAAUUUUUUUCCAGAAUUUUCAAGGGGAGAUUGUGGCUUUCCUAAUUGCUUGCUCCAGAACUAACAGAGAAGUUGGUCUCAGUUGCCGUCUGUCUAAGAAAGCCUUUCCAUCCAUCAGCUAAUCUAAAACCUAGGCAUCACGAGGUACAUCAUUUUUUUUGAAGGCAUUCCAUUAUUCUCUCAUUGAUCUUUCCCUGUCAUUGAGGCCUUUGGAGUUAUGUCAACAGCUGCCUUAAUCACUCUGGUGAGAAGUGGUGGGAACCAGGUGAGGAGGAGAGUGUUGCUAAGCUCUCGCCUGCUGCAGGAGGACCUGCGGGUGACUCCCACCUGCCACAGCUCCACUUCAGAUCCCAGGUGUUCUCGGUUUGACCCAGAUGGUAGUGGGCGGCCAGCCACUUGGGACAGUUUCGGGAUCUGGGAUAACCGCAUUGAUGAGCCUAUUCUGCUGCCACCAAGCAUUAAGUACGGCAAGCCAAUCCCCAAAAUUAGCCUGGAGAAUGUGGGCUGUGCCUCCAACAUUGGCAAACGGAAAGAGAAUGAAGAUCGAUUUGGCUUCGCUCAGCUCACAGAGGAAGUCCUGUACUUUGCAGUGUAUGACGGACACGGGGGACCUGCAGCUGCUGAUUUCUGUCACACACACAUGGAGAGAUGUAUUAUGGAUUUGCUUCCUGAGGAGAAAGACUUGGAAACUGUGCUGACCUUGGCUUUUCUAGAAAUAGAUAAAGCCUUUUCAAGACAUGCCCACCUCUCUGCUGAUGUAAAAAUACCGAUUUGCUGUGUUCAAGACCAGCUGUUUCAGCGUGUGCAUAGGAGCGUUGAUAAUGUUACUUUGAUGCAACAGUUCCAAAAUCAAGCAACCCUUCUGACCUCUGGGACCACUGCAACAGUAGCCCUGUUGCAAGAUGGUAUUGAACUGGUUGUCGCCAGUGUUGGGGACAGCCGGGCUCUUUUGUGUAGAAAAGGGAAACCCAUGAAGCUGACCACUGACCAUACACCAGAAAGAAAAGAUGAGAAAGAAAGGGUCAAGAAAUGUGGUGGUUUUGUAGCUUGGAAUAGUGUGGGACAGCCUCAUGUAAACGGCAGGCUUGCCAUGACACGGAGCAUUGGAGAUUUGGAUCUGAAAACCAGUGGUGUAAUAGCAGAACCAGAGACCAUGAGGAUUAAGCUAUACCAUGCUGAUGACAGCUUCCUGGUCCUCACCACAGAUGGGAUUAACUUCAUGGUGAAUAGUCAGGAGAUCUGUGACUUUGUCAACCAGUGCCACGAUCCUAAUGAAGCAGCCCAUGCAGUGACUGAACAGGCAAUCCACUACGGAGCUGAAGACAACAGCACUGCAGUAGUAGUGCCUUUUGGUGCCUGGGGAAAAUACAAGAACUCUGAGAUCAACUUCUCAUUCAGCAGAAGCCUUGCCUCCAGUGGCCGAUGGGCCUGAUUGCCAGGCUGGCCUGGAGUUCCUAUGCGACAGGGUGUCACUGGGCAGAUCAAGAAACUGAUAAAACACAAGGGCCACCUGUGCCCGUGUGUCCCUGUGACCUGCCAGAUCCAUAUACAGUGUAUGCAUAUUAAGCUCUGCGCAGUAGCUUUUUCAUAAACCCUUAUCAUCAUUAUGCUCAGUGGUACAUGCUCAGUAUAAGCACACUUAAUGAAGCCAUUAUAAAUCUUUGAGCUGAGUGGGUGAAGGGGAAGCGCUAUUGGUAUGCUUGGUGAGUGCCAAAUUUCAGGGGGUGGGGCUGUGUUUUUGUUUUGUGAAUCUGGAACUUCUUUUAAGUUUGAAGACUACUAGGCAGCUCUAGUUCUUUUGAAUAUUUUUGUUCUUUAGUUGAACAAGUUCUUCAAGUUUUUCUCAAUUUAGAUAGCUAGGCAAUGUGUUAUUUCCAAGUGUUUCUUUUUUUUCUUUCUCUUUGUUUGGAACAUGAUAUCACUGUUGCCCAGGCUAGCCUUGAAGUCCUGGAUUCAAGCAAUCUUCCUACUUCAGCUUCCUGAGCAGUUGGGACUAUGUGGUCCCCACUCUCAAAUGGUUUUUAUUUUUAUUUUUUAUUAUUAUUUUUUAAAGCACAGCAAAGUGAGACCUCCCAAGAGUGCGGAGGGGUUCCAAGGGAGAAAUACCCACAAGUGUUUAUUUUUAAUAACUAUACCAAGGAGUAAAAAUGAAAACUGGUUUCUCUGUUACUGUGUCUUGUACUCUGGACCCCUUACUUGUAAAUUUAAUUCUGUAAAAGGAACACAUUCAGUUAAGACAUGGCUAAAUUUCUGUAUAUUUAUAAAUGGCUUUCAUAUAUAUGUAAACUGUUAUCAGCCCCCUUCCCAUUCAUUCCUGUUUAAGUAUGUUAUAAAGCUGUGACUAUUCUUUAACAUCCAGAGAAGAAUGUAUAGACUAAGAGUCUUUGGUCAAAAUGCUGUAAAUGCUGAUAGUGUUGAAUAUUUUGUAUAAGUUUCUUUAUAUCACUUUUUGUGUAUACAUUAAGCAAGGUGGGUAAUUUGUUAGUAAAGAUAAUAUCACAUUGACUAAUAUUGCUGUGGUCAUAGCCUGAGGAUUCUGAUUCCAUUCUCCUCAGUGCUAAGAUUUAUGAGAAAGAAUAAAUCUCUUUUUAAGAAGCACAUUAAAACAUACAUCAACUUGCUAUGUAAUUUAGAAAUGUAAAGUUAUGUUUCUUUUUACUUGCAUGCAAGUUUACUGUUAAACUGUGAAUCCCUAAAUGUGUUUUGGAAUUAACCUAUGUUUAUUUUUGCAGAUUGUAAAUUUGGUAUAUGUGUGGUGAGUGUAUAUAUGUAUAUUUUAGAGUACUAUAAAAUUAAAGGCAAUAAACUUGUAGAGCUCCUUCAUCAAGUAGCCCUAAAUUAUUGAUAUAUUUAUCCUAAGGACACUCUACAGAAUGAGUGGUUUUCCUGUGGUUGAGCAGUAGUUGUUGGCAGAUAAAGAAAAGGAUUAACACUAGCUUGGGAAUCAGGUGUGGUGGUCUGUACCUGUAAUCUCUGGAUUUGGGAGAUGAGGCAAGAGACUCAGGAUUGCCAGUUUGAGUUCACCCUGUGCUAAAUAGUUCCAGGGUAGCCUGAGCUUGUCUCAAAAAAAAAAAAAAAUAAAUAAAUAAA